AUGAUUCAUUUCAAAUUCAAACAAUUAUUGUGGAUAACUGUACUAUUUAACAGAUUUUCGACGGAAAAAUGUAUCGCAUUAUCUAUAUGUCCUACGGCAAUAUGGCAACGAAAUGCUGUCAUGGUAAUAGGAGAUGAUGCAUCACUGCUUCGAAGACCAACGGAUGUCUAUAUUGAUAACAAUAAUUCUAUUUAUGUAUUAGAUUCUGGUAAUUAUCGUGUACAACGUAUAUCUUUCAAUUCCACUGUUGGAACAACUAUUAUCAAUAGUAGUAACGGUAGUGAUGUCAAUCAAUUUCUUUCUAUGAAUGCGAUGAGUAUUGAUAAACAUGGAAAUAUUUAUAUACUUGAUGGUGAUAAUGGACGAGUUACAAAAUGGCAACAAGGAAGUUCUAAUAAAACAGUUGUAGCAGGUGGAAAUGGACUUGGUAAUAAUACUAAUCAAUUAAAUCGGGCUAAUGGAAUGUUUAUCGAUUCAAAUACAUCGACGAUUUGGAUUGCAGAUACGAACAAUCAUCGAAUAGUGCAAUGGUUAUCACCAACUAACAGCAGUGUUGUUUGUGGAAGUUAUGGAAGAGAAAAUAAUCAAUUUAUGUAUCCAACAGGAUUGUUUAUUGAUACAAGUGAUUCAAAUACACUUUAUGUUGCAGACAAUUAUAAUCAUCGAAUUCAAAUGUGGUUAUUAGGUGCCAUAAGUGGAAAAACGGUAGCUGGAAUCACAGGUUAUUAUGGUAAUGGUCUUAAUCAAUUAUGGUAUCCUGAAGCAGUAAUGGUUGAUAACAAUCAAAAUAUGUAUAUUGUUGAUUAUUGGAAUGAUCGAAUUUUGAAAUGGAUGAUUGGAGCAUAUUCAGGUAUAAUUAUUGCAAAUGGAAUUGAUUUAGAUACAGAAUCAUUUCAAUUUCAAUAUCCAGCAAAUAUUAAUUUUGAUUCAAGUGGAUCGUUAUUUGUUACAGAUACAUAUAAUAGUCGAAUUCAAAAAUUUGUUUGUUCUUGUCAUGUAUCAACAAAUGUUUCAACCAUAAUCGUUCCAUCGAUAACAACACCAGCACCGAAUUUAAAUACAAGUUGUUCAAUGACAACUUGGUAUUCUAAUGCUUCGACUAUUGCUGGUUCAUCACUAGGUCUACCUGAUUAUACAUCAACAUCUCUUUCACACCCUUAUGAUAUAUUCAUUGACAAGAAUAAUAUGCUCUAUGUUUUGGAUUCUUCAAAUUAUCGAGUACAACGUUUUCAGUCAUCAUCGACUAUUGGAACAACAGUAAUCAAUGUUAUGAGUGCAAUUAGUGUAGAUAUAAGUGGCAAUAUUUAUAUUCUUGAAAGUGAGAAUAAUCGUGUGACGAAAUGGAAACCUGGUAUUACAAAUGGUAUGAUCGUUGCUGGUGGAAAUGGUAAUGGUGUUUCUGAUAAUCAAUUGAAUAAUCCUUAUGGAAUAUUUAUCGACUCAAAAUUAACCAUCUGGAUAGCAGAUACAGGUAAUAAUCGAAUAGUUCGAUGGGAAACUAAUUCCACAGGUAUUAUCAUUUGUGGAAGUUAUGGAACAGAAGCAAAUCAAUUCAAUCAUCCAACUGGAAUAUUUGUUGAUGAGAAUGAUGGAAACACUUUUUAUGUUGCAGAUAACAAUAACCACCGAAUUCAAAUGUGGUCAUCAGGUGCUAUAAGUGGAAAAACAGUAGCUGGACAGACAGGUCUUUGUGGAAAUCAACUUCAACAAUUGUGUAAUCCAUCAUCAGUAAUUGCAGAUAGCUAUAGAAAUUUAUACAUUGCAGAUACCUAUAAUAAUCGUAUUAUGUUAUGGAUGAAAGGAUCAACUGCAGGUGUAGUCAUUGGUGGAGGUUCAACAUUUGGAGUAUUACCAAAUCAACUAUUUUAUCCAUAUAAUAUAAAAUUAGAUUCAGAUGGAGCUUUGAUUGUUGCCGAUACUAAAAACAAUCGCAUUCAAAAAUUCUCCGUUUUAUGUUGUAUGUUUGAAAUAUUUUUUAUAAUUUCAUCAAUAUCCCUUUCUAUAUUUAGAUAA